AUGAAAAGACUCAACUUUCGGGGGAUUGAAAGGCCUUUUGAUAGCUCUUGGGUUUGGAGGCAAAUUAUUAAGAUCAAGAAUUUAGUCAAACACCACAUUGAGUAUGUGCUAGGGGAUGGUAAAUCCUUCUCCUUCUGGUAUGAUCAUUUGAUACAGGAAAAGUCCUUGAUUGAUCAAUAUCCUGAAAUUAAUAUUCAAGAUACUGAUGUCCCAAAAAAUGCAAAAGUAGCAGAUUUGUGGAGAGACAACAACUGGUCCCUCCCAGAUCCUAUAGAUGAUAUAACUGAGAGAGCCUGGGCAUUCUUAAAUAACAACUGUAAAGUUUUCCCUGUAAACACUGAUAUAGUUAAACAUUCUUUCUUAACCUGGCUUGUGAUCAUGGGAAGAAUCAAUACUAAGGAUAAGCUUUUGAGAUGGGGAGUGAUUCAGUCUAAUACUUGCUCUCUGUAUUCUCAGCAUAAUAUCUUGAGGGUCUCUAAUGACAUAAGACCAGUUAAUUGUUUGAGAAGAGAUGUUAGAUUCUUGACUAGAAGAGCAAAUGGGAGAUCUGGUAAAGUCAAGGCUAGAAGACUUUGGUUUAAUGCCUAUAUUUACGAUAUCUGGUUUGCUAGAAAUGAUAUGAUCUUCAACCAGAAUAGGCAUAACAUCAUGCAGGUUUGCAACACGAUCAUCAGUAAUGUUAGAAAUAGCUGCUCCUCCAUUUCUGAGGAGCUGCUGCUCCUCGUCGGAGGAGCAGAUCUGUUGACAGGACUCGUCCCCUUUUCUUUGGGCAAGUUAAAGAAAUUCCAAGCACUUGUUUUCAUGAAUUGCUAG